AUGCCUGAAGAGAAUGUUCAGCUCAUGGCCAUCCUCCUCCAUGCCAUUGGACUAUUUGCAUCGUUGAUGACCGGCCUGCUCUCUAAUCAGUUCGGCCGCCGGCCGACAAUACUUUUGGUGGGCAUCCUGUUUUUUAGUGUCCCCUUCUUCAUGGGCUUUGCUAGCGUCUUCUUGGUUUCGUUGGGCCGGAUGGUCGCCCACGUCGGUGUUGGCUGCGCCCAAUCAAUCGUCCCGAUCUACAUGGCGGAAAUUUCGCCAGCCAUAUCUCGUGGCUUCUUUACCUGCCUCCCCGAUGUGUUCCUCAAUGUCGGCAAAGUUAUUGGCUGCAUCUGCAACUUCUUCAUCUCCAAGACGAAAUUUGACGGCUGGCGUCUGAUGAUGUUCGAGGGCGCAAUCUCUACGGUCCUGAUCACAAUAGCAGUCCUAGCUAUGCCGGAGUCGCCGCGAUGGCUUGUCUUGAGGGGACGGUUGGAUGAUGCGAGUCACAUCCUCAUUAAGACCUACAAGUCCAAGAGGGAAGCUGAUCUUCGACUGGCCGACAUCAAGGAGGCGGCCGGAAUAUCUAGAGACUGUAACGAGGCUGUUGUCAAUGUGCAAAGCCCCGAGAGGACCGUGUGGGAGGAUCUUCUCAGCGACCCCUCCCAGCCCGUCCACCACAUGGUGGUCCUCGCCUGCUUAAUACAGGUCUUCCGACAGGCCUGUGGGAUUGACAUCAUCCUCCUGCAAAUGCCCCAAAUUUCUGAGAUGGUUGGAAUCACUAACCCCAAUAUGAAGCUGUUCUUGACCGUUGGAGUGGAGCUCGUAAAGACUAUAUUCACCGUCGUCGCUUCUUUCCUCCUUGACAAGCUCAGGCUUGGGCGGCGACGGCUGCUUCUGAUUAGCAUUGCUGGGAUGGCUGUCUGUCUCAUACCCCUAGGAGCAUGCGUCUACUACCUCGACCAAAUCGACAACAAGGACACAUGGGUGGGGUACUUAUGCAUCGGGUGGUUGUUCGGUUAUGUGGCCUCGUUUGCAAUUGGGUUGGGUCCGGUGACUUCUGUUUACGUAUCAGAACUUUUCCCCAUGAGGCUUCGCGCCCAGGGAUGUGCUAUGGCUCUCGGCGUCAACCAAUGGACGGGUGUACUUAUGGCAACGGCAUCCUUAUUCCUGCACAACACGAUCAGCCUUGCUUGGGCCAUGUUUUUCUUCGCAGCGGUGGCAUGCGGUGCGUGGAUAGUCUUCUACAAAAUAAUAAGAAUGCCAGAGACGCGGGGACUGACAUUGGAGGAAAUGGGCAACAUUUUUGGUGAGCUAUACCAGCGGCGGUCUGUGGCGAGGGAGGCAGAGAGUGGAAGUUCUGCGGCGGGGCAGACGGAGAUGACAAGAAGAAUGGUGGGCCGUGAUUGA